UUUAUUUUAGCAGGCGGGUAAUUGAUGUCCACACCCUCCUCUUCCUCUUAUCUUCUUCUCUGAUCAUCAUCCUCAUCACUAAUCAUUUCCCCAUAUCUCCCCAUUCCUUCUUAUAUAUUCAACUAUAUGUAUUGUAUUUCAUCAGUUUGUUUACAUAAUCUUCAGUAAGUUAAACUUUCCCUACCUGAUGGAUCUAGAGCUCAUCAAGCUCUAAUCAAAAUCAUGGAUUAGAUCUUUGUUUUGAUUCUUUUUUUUUUUUAAACAAAGCAAUCAACUUGUUGAAGUCCCCAGUUGUUCAGUAAUCCUACCAUAGGAGUAUCUGAAGAGGGCUUUUCUACACUGUACCAGUCAAAACCCAAAAAAAAAGGGGGAAAGAAAGGAAAAGAAAAGAAGACAGAAGUGGCCAAGAAAUGGAGUUUGACGAGCAUGAAGAGCAAGAAGAAGAAAUUGGGAUGCAUCAGAUGCAAGCUGGGAAUUAUCAAACACUCGGGAACUCAGCUGGAAGAGGAGGAGGAGGAGGAGAAGGGGUGUCAGCUGCAACGACGGCAAGAAAAAGCGGUGGUGGUGUUGGCUCUAUGGCUACUACUUCUACUACAACUUCAUACAGGUUCAGAGAAUGCUUGAAGAAUCAUGCUGUGGCCAUAGGUGGGCAUGCCGUGGACGGGUGUGGGGAGUUCAUGGCAGCUGGAGAAGAAGGAACCCUUGAAUCCCUCAAAUGUGCGGCCUGCAAUUGCCACCGCAACUUCCACAGGAAAGAAACCGAAGGCGAAGGUUUCCACCAGCCCCACCCCACACCCCACCAUCCUCAUCAUCAUCAUCCCCACCAUGCCCAUCACCAGUUUUCACCAGCUUACCCUUUCCGCUCCCCCCAUCCUUCCGGCUACCUCCACGUCACUCCGCCUUCUCAUCAUCACCACCAGAGGCCCUUGCCGCUUCCCUCGACUUCGAGGGAAGACGAAGACGUGUCGAAUCCUAGUAGUAGCGGAGGAGGAGGUGGAGGGGGCAGUGGAGGAGCCGGGGGAUCGAAGAAGAGAUUUAGGACCAGGUUCACUCAGGACCAGAAGGAGAAGAUGUUGGCCUUUGCCGAAAGGCUUGGGUGGCGCAUUCAGAAGCAAGACGAGGCUUUAGUGCAGCAGUUUUGUGCAGAUACUAAUGUGAAGCGCCACGUGCUCAAGGUUUGGAUGCACAACAAUAAACACACCCUUGGUAAAAAACCCUAAUCCCAUUAUUUUCUUUGCUAGCUUUUCCCUUUUUUUUUUUUAAUAUUCCAAAGUGGGGUGUGCAGAAAAUGCAACGUUUUGUGUGCAUUAAUGUGACAUGGGAUGAUGGGGAAGGAAGAGGAGGAGCAGGAGGUAGAUCAGUGAAAGAAAGAAUAUGUUGUUGGUGAUUGGUGUAACAGAUUAACAAAAUCUGAUUGAGGGUUGAUGAGAGGUUUAGAGAUUUUAGUUAGGUUAAGUUCUUGACCUUUUUUCUAAUUAGUACCCCUUGCUUAAUUGGCUUUCUCUCAAUUUUACUUCUCAUCAUCCACAUUUCAAUUUUGCUUUGUA